AUGUUUGAGGAAAGCUCUGUAAUUUUAGAAAUCUCAGAAGACACAUCACCUGGUACACUCCUUAUAAAUCUCACAGCCACUGACCCAGACCAAGGUCCAAAUGGGGAAAUUGAGUUUUCAUUUGGCAAACACACACCUCAUCAUGUUCUUAACAUGUUUAGCAUUGAUCCCAAGUUAGGUGAAAUAUUUCUGAAGCAGCCACUUGACUAUGAAAGUAGGCACUCUUAUGAAUUAGAUGUGCAGGCAAAGGACUUAGGCCCUAAUCCUAUCCCUACUCACUGCAAGGUCGUCAUUAAAGUUCUGGAUAUUAAUGAUAACACUCCUGAUAUUAAAGUCACUUGGGCUGCUCAAGAUUCUCCUGAGAUCAUUGUGUCUGAGGCUGUUCCACUGGGCAGUUUUGUUGCUUUGGUUAUAGCAAAUGAUCCAGAUUCAGGUGCAAACGGGGAUGUGCACUGUCACUUAGUCCAAGACCAUGAACAUUUUAGGCUUCAAAAAGCUAAAGGAAACAGUUAUAUACUAACAACCAAUGCAAUUCUAGACAGAGAAAAAUUGGAUGUGUAUGACAUAACUAUACAAGCCCAAGAUCAAGGUGAACCAUCUUUUACAUCUAAAAAAUCCUUAAAAAUAUUUGUUCGUGAUGCUAAUGACAAUGCUCCAGUUUUUCAGAGGCCUAAAUAUGAUGUUUCACUAUAUGAAAACAAUAGUCCUUUCACUCAUCUUCUAACAGUAAAUGCUCUGGAUGCUGACUUGGGUAAAAAUGCAGAGGUUACCUACAAGAUUAUUGACUCUAUUAUCUCAGGGACACCACUAUCAACGUUUGUUUCUGUCCAUUCCAAAACUGGUGAAAUUGUUGUGCUGAAGGCCAUUGAUUAUGAGGAAAUCAAAGAAAUGCAAUUCUUGGUGCAAGCAGAAGACAAUGGUGACCCUCAACUCAGCAGUAAUGCUUCUGUCAAGGUGUUGGUAAGAGACCAAAAUGACAAUAGCCCAAUAAUUGUGCAACCUCAACUUAAGAAUGGUCGUGCCACUAUCACCAUCCUUGUGAAUGCUGAGAGUGGAUACUUUCUUUCUGCCUCAGAAGCCACUGAUGCAGACUCAGAUGAGAAUUCUAGACUUGUCUACCAUUUGUUGGAUAACUACCUAGGCUUGUUUGCUAUGGAUGCACAUCUUGGAUACAUUUACAUAAAUUCCAGUAAUGCCAGCAACUUAAUUGGUAGUGUCAUAGACUUAAAGGUCACUGUCAGAGAUUGUGGAAUUCCUUAUCGGGAAACCAAAGCUCAGCUAACAAUUAUGUUUAGUAGCCACCUGGACCACUUGAAAAAUUCAGCUAGCGAAACCAAUGGUAAGCUGAGCCUGUCUGUGGUAAUUGUUAUUUGCCUGGCUGUUCUUCUAGUUGUAUGUCUCUUUAUAUUGGCUCUCAUAAUGUCCUUUUGUCGAGUAGAUAGAAAGGACAACAGAGCAUACAACUGCAGGGAAGAAGAAUCUGCUUAUAGGAAGCAGCCUAGAAGGCCUCAAAAGCAAAUACAAAAGGCAGAUAUUCAUGUAGUCCCUGUACUUAGGGGUCGGCAACAACCACAACCAGUGACACCAGUAGAAGAGACCAAGUUGUUUCCUAUGCCAGAUGAAGGAAAAGAAGUUCCAGAGGAUCAAACUCUCCAUACUCCUUUUCAUCUCACACCUACACUAUUUCGCACACUAAGGAACCAACAUAACCAAGAAAUAUUAAGUGAGGAUACUACAGAUUUAGAGCAGUCUUUCUCCUUACCUCCCUCUGUGUGUCGAACAUUACAGUAUCAGAGACAGAGAAGCUACUCUAGAGAGAACUUUGAAGACCCCAAUGGAACCCUUCCAGUUAGUAAUAAAACCUUAAAGAACCCUGGUAGCCCUCAAAUAAGAGUCCACGAUCAUUUUAGCCCUUCUGAACCCAUAGUAUACAAUGGUGGGGACUUUUCUCCAGCUACUUCUCCUACUUUAAGAAGACAAAAGAAUGUAGAACAGUCAUCUAAAGAGCAGAUCUUGAGAAGCCUGGUGCGACUAUCGAUGGUGGCAUUAGCAGAGAAAGAAAGUGUAGAUGUUACCAUGCAGUCACCCCAUGUGCAGGUAAGCCAGUGA